GGCCUCCCAAAAGUGAGUGCCGAAAAACCGCAUUCCUGAGGCAGUGGGCAGGGAAACCAGCGCACGAGACCACGGACACCACGCGCCGCGCAGCCCCGCAACAGCAUAGCCCGCAUUGCCGCGCAACCCCCCAAAACAACAGCCACCUACAUUUCAUCGACACCGUACGCGCCGCAUGGGCGACUACGAGCUCCACUUCGCGGAGGAGGGCCGCGCGCCCUUUGGGCUGCGCCUGCGGCUGCCCGCCGAUUGGACGCACAAGACGGCAAAGGACCUCGUGGCACACUUCGUCGAGACGUACAACAAGAGCGAGGCGCCGCUGACGGGCGCCUACGGCCUCGUCGACGUGCGCACGGGCCGGUUCUACGCCGACGACGCGUCGCUGGCGGACGUCGCACACGACGCGCCGCUGUCCGUUGCGCGCCGCGCACCAGCCGUGAAAGAAGAGGAAGACGUCGAUGAUGAGUACGCCCUCGACGAGGCUGCUGAAGAGGUGGACGCCGUCGACGACGAGGAGCCGCUCGAGGACUUGGUUGCGAUCGGUGCCUUCGGAGGCGGCUACGCGCGGUCGAGAGCGCGCCUGCGGGCGGCGCUGCGCCGGCGGCGCCUGACCGUUGACGAGAUCGUCGCGGAGAGUGCGAGCGAGGACGCCUCGGUGGCGUCGUCGGCGUCAUCCGACGAGGAGGCGUCCGACGACGAGGAGGACUACCGGCCGACGGCCCUGCCGCAACAGCACAAGGACUGGGGCGCCAUCAACUACAAGAAGGCGCUGUGCCCCGACAUGGUGGCCGGGCGGAAGUGCCCCCACGGCGCCGCGUGCACGUACGCGCAUGCCUACGACGAGCUCCGCGUGGCAGAGAAAACGCCGCCCCCACAUGUCUGCGUCGGCGCCUCGACGGCGUCCCACGAGCUCGCGCCACCGGAAUACUGGCAGAUGGGCACGUUCGCCGAGGCGGGCCGCCAGGGGCCCUACCUCUGGGCGCGCCUGGCGAACGGCGAGCGCCACGCCGUCACCGGCGUCGCCAGAAGACUCCGCCUGGCCGCACUCGCUCGACAGAAAACUCCAACGGUCAAAGUGAGCCGCUGCGGCGUGGGUUACUAG